AGGCCGAACAAGUCAAAUGUUAAAUAGUAUGGUUUCUUGUUCUUCAAGCUCGUCAAUGGCGGUCGUUCACACUGCCCAAUUUUCACAUUAGCUUGAAAAUUAACCAGGGCAAAGCCACAACCAUCACGGAAUCCCCAUUUCUUCAUCAUCGAUUUCCUCAAGUCCCCAUGUUGAAGGCAUUAAGGUCUUCUUCGUUACAACAAGCUCGAUUUACUACAGGGGCGUCGUAUUUGCAGUCUAGUUCACGCCAUGGAACCAAAUUGACUUCGUCUUUUAAUGGCGUGCUGCGCUCUGUUCUAGCGGAUAAAAACCCUAAAUUGUUUCAACGAAUUUUUUUUUGUUCGGAUUCGAGUGAUGGAUCUGGGUCCGUGCCCGAAUCCGCCCUUGAAGAAACUGAGUCGAAAUCAGCAGCGGCGAUUGUUCCCACAUCAAUCAAAAAACCAGAUGACUUUCUCACGGUGUUAGCAUUGCCAUUGCCACACAGACCCUUGUUUCCAGGAUUUUAUAUGCCAAUAUAUGUGAAGGAUCCUAAACUACUAGCAGCAUUGGUAGAGAGUAGGAAACGACAAGCUCCUUAUGCUGGUGCAUUUCUUGUAAAAGAUGAUCCAGUAUCAGAGGCCACAGGUUCAGAUACAGAGAAGAACAUAUAUGCACUAAAAGGCAAAGACUUACUUAAUCGCCUCCAUGAAGUUGGUACACUUGCUCAGAUCACAAGCAUCCAAGGAGAGCAGGUUGUUCUUAUUGGUCACAGGCGGCUUAGGAUAACAGAGAUGGUCAGUGAAGAUCCCCUUACUGUCCAAGUGGAUCAUAUCAAGGAUUUACCAUACAGCAAGGAUGAUGAUGUCAUAAAGGCAACUUCAUUUGAAGUGAUAGCAACCCUUAGAGAUGUUCUCAAGACAAGUUCUCUUUGGAGGGAUCAUGCUCAAACUUACACUCAGCAUAUGGGUGAUUUUAAUUAUCCAAGAUUAGCUGACUUUGGUGCUGCAAUAUCUGGUUCAAACAAAGUACAAUGCCAGCAAGUGCUUGAAGAGCUGGAUGUUUACAAACGGUUGAGACUUAGUCUUGAGUUAUUAAAGAAAGAAAUGGAGAUACAUAGGAUUCAAGAAUCCAUAGCAAAAGCUAUUGAAGAGAAAAUAAGCACCGAACAACGCCGUUACUUGUUAAAUGAGCAAUAUAAGGCUAUAAAAAAGGAAUUAGGGCUCGAGACAGAUGAUAAAACAGCACUCACUGAUAAGUUUAGAGACAGAAUCGAGCCAAACAAGGAUAAAAUCCCACCUCAUGUUCUGCAAGUUAUUGAAGAAGAAAUGAAAAAACUGCAACUUUUGGAAGCCAGUUCAAGUGAAUUCAAUGUUACACGUAAUUAUCUUGAUUGGUUGACUGCCUUACCAUGGGGUAACUACAGUGAUGAGAACUUCAAUGUUGUACAAGCUCAACAAAUUCUUGAUGAGGAUCAUUAUGGUUUGACUGAUGUUAAAGAGAGGAUACUGGAGUUUAUUGCAGUGGGAAAACUAAGAGGAACAUCACAAGGAAAAAUCAUCUGCCUUUCUGGUCCUCCUGGAGUGGGUAAAACCAGCAUAGGUCGUUCGAUUGCACGUGCUUUGAACAGAAAAUUUUAUCGGUUUUCUGUUGGUGGAUUGUCUGAUGUGGCUGAAAUCAAGGGACAUAGGAGGACUUAUAUCGGUGCAAUGCCUGGGAAAAUGGUGCAGUGUCUGAAGAGUGUGGGAACAGCAAACCCUCUUGUUCUCAUUGAUGAGAUUGACAAGUUGGGCAGGGGACAUGCAGGUGAUCCUGCAAGUGCUAUGCUGGAGCUGCUUGAUCCAGAGCAGAAUGCAAAUUUCUUAGAUCAUUACCUUGAUGUUCCAAUUGACUUGUCAAAGGUUUUGUUUGUAUGUACAGCAAAUGUAGUGGAAACUAUACCCAAUCCACUCUUGGAUAGAAUGGAGAUAAUCCCCAUUGCUGGUUACAUUACUGAUGAAAAAAUGCAUAUUGCCCGUGAUUAUUUGGAAAAGACCACCCGUGAUGCAUGUGGCAUCAAGCCUCAACAGGUUGAAGUGACAGAGGCAGCUCUUCUUUCCUUGAUAGAAAAUUACUGCAGAGAAGCAGGGGUUCGGAAUCUACAGAAACAAAUUGAGAAGAUUUAUCGCAAGAUUGCUUUGCAACUAGUCCGACAAGGAGCACAAAAUGAGCCAGAAUCUGUUGGUGAAUCGAGUGAAACUUCAUCUGACAAGCAAAUCGAGGGUGCAACUGAAUCAAACAAGAGCAAUGAUGAACCAAUAUCUGAUACUACUACAGAAGAAGCUGAAGUUGUCAACAUCAACGAUUCAGCUACUCUUGCUGACGAGGCUUCUGCUUUAAAGGAUACGGAAGCAACAAUUACAAUAGAUAAAGUUUGGGUGAAUGAAGAUAACCUUGCAGACUAUGUGGGAAAACCGGUUUUCCAUGCUGAACGCAUGUAUGACCAGACCCCAUUGGGAGUUGUCAUGGGCCUUGCGUGGACUGCAAUGGGUGGGUCCACCCUUUACAUAGAAACCACCACGAUCGAACAAGGUGAUGGAAAAGCUGCCCUGAAUCUAACCGGGCAGCUUGGUGAUGUGAUGAAGGAAAGUGCCCAGAUUGCCCACACUGUUGCCCGAGCAAUAUUGGCGGGAAAAGACAAGGAGAAUAAUUUUUUUGCAAAUUCAAAGCUUCAUUUACAUGUCCCUGCUGGUGCUACACCUAAAGAUGGGCCUAGUGCUGGCUGCACCAUGAUCACUUCCAUGCUGUCUCUUGCAAUGAACAAGAAUGUUAAAAGGGACCUUGCCAUGACUGGGGAAGUUACUCUUACAGGAAGAGUCCUUCCAAUUGGUGGGGUGAAGGAGAAGACGAUAGCUGCAAGACGUAGUGGUGUGAAAACUAUAAUAUUUCCUUUGGCUAAUAAACGGGACUUUGAUGAGCUGGCACCCAAUGUGAAGGAAGGUCUUGAUGUCCAUUUUGUGGAUGAUUACAAUCAGAUAUACGAUUUGGCUUUUGAUCACACCCAACAAAAAUAAGCAACCCGUCAUUUUGGUAAUGAUUUAUUUAUCUUUCCAAUACCCGCAUACAGAGACCUGACCCGACUUUUUUUUUUUUAUUUUUUUUUUUGCAUAUACUUGUUGUUCUAUUGUAUUUGGUGCA